CACAGAUUUCCACCAGGCCGCCUGGUGGAAGAGACUCAGGGGCGCCGGAGCCUCGCUCGUCCUCUCCGCCCCGCUCCAGCUGUGCAGAGAGGCGCUGCAGCCAGCCAGCCAACCCAGCCCGCCCCGCCCUGUCCCGCCUCCGGAGCCCCAUAGCGGUCCUAGCAGCGCGGAGGAGGAGGAAGAGCGCGCGAGGGAAGGGCCGGCCGCGCCGUCUCCUCGCCCGCCAAGAUGUCUCGCGGGCUGCAGGUGGUCCGCACCGACGCCAGCAGCGGCGGCGGCGGCGCGUCGACGUCCUCGGCGGCGCCUUCGGCUUCGGGGCCGGACUCCGGGCUGCUGGACAGAGGCUACGCGGGCUCUUGCUCCGCCUUGCUCAAAGUGGCCCAGAUGCUAUUGCUCCUGAUCGGAUUUAUUUGCAUCAUUGCUUCACCGGUGGCCGGUCACAGUACAUAUACCUACUUCAAAAUUAUCUCCAUGUUUGACUUAGUUAUGAUCUUCAUUUUCUACGUCGUCUAUAUCUUCAGAAUUUACCGAAUGCUGACUUGCAUCAACUGGCCACUUGCAGAGUUUCUCCAUUACCUAAUAGGUACCACCCUUCUUCUCAUUGGAUCGGUGGUGGUGGUGGCCAGAAGCUCUGGGUCAGCAAGUCUUACAGCUGGAGCGGUAUUUGGCUUCUUAGCUUCAUUUCUGUGUCUCUUAAGUAUAUGGCUAUCCUACAAAGUCUCUUGUGUCACUCAGUCAACAGAUGCUGCUGUGUGAAACUUUUGGCACUCAUGAUGCACACACCAAACUGAGGAUUUCAUAGGCUAACAGACAGCAAAUGUAUGUAAGAUGGAAUUUUGUUCUGGUGAUCGUCUUGAGGACUUGCUUUUGUAAUGACUCCUGAAACCUCUUACUAAGUGAGUUGACCACCAGAGGGCUCUGGUCUUACACUCCUCAUAUUCAUUUGUCCAGAUUGUUAGUACCACCAGCCUCUAUACUGCAUUGUCUUAAUACCAAGAUUCUUGUAUUAGGGAAUCUGUUUUUUCUUUCUUUCUGCAAACAAGGGGAAACCAGGAUUGAAAUUCUUAGCCAUGAUGUUAUCUGGGUGACCAGAUGUUUUCCCUCAGCCUAACCUACCUCACAGGAUUGUUGUGAGGAUAAAAUGCGGAUGGUGAUGGAGAACCUUGUAUUCUACUUUGAGCUCCUUGAAGGAAAAGUGGGGUGUAAAUGUAAAAAUGAUUAUUCUAUGCCACGAUUUGGUAGGAGCUAGCUCCCCUCUCUUCACGUUGAUAGCACUCAAGCUACCUGAGUGAUCUGAACUGGGACCUGCAUAUAAAGGUUGAAGGUGGGAAAAGUACUGUGUUUCCUUUCAUCUGCAGCUGGGAAAUGCUACAUUUUUAUCAUGGACCAGCAGCUGCUUUAUAUUAAGUUAUACAUGCAAAGUCUAUUGCUUACCUCUGCCUUUCCUGGCUUUUGGCUCCCGGUGCGAGAAAAGGCAUCUGAUAAUUUAUGUUUUUACUGGCUUACUGUGAAUAUGUCUUCAGAAGUGAAACAGAGUUUCCUUUGUGUCCUAGUGUUUCUUCUGUUUUUAAGUAUUUUUAUUCAUGACAAAAUAAUUUUAAAUAAAUUUUAUACCUCAAAAACACCACUCGCUUCCAUAUCCAUACCUGUUAGACAAAACCAACUCCCCUAAGUUUUCAGUUUUGAUAAUAAGUUGCUUGGCAUUAUUAAUAGUUAACUUUGGUCUCUGUGAAGAUCAGCUCUUUUAGCUGGAAGACCCCAGUUAAAUACAAUCAAAUCUUAUUUUGUGUUGCAAAAGAGCAGUUCAUAGGGAAUUCUUACGGCAGCUAUGUAAAAAAAGAAGCAGCAAGUUUUCUUGUUUCAUUAUUUCAGUGUUCAACAUGCUAUUUCGGUUUAUAGGGAUUCUAUUGCUGAUGGUUUGUUGUUUUGUAUUCCCCUGUUGUCUGACUGCAGUACAUUGGGCAGUAUCUUCUUUCUAUGGUAGCAGCAAGCUAAUAGAAUGCCCCUCAGUGAGGAUUAACUUCAUGACCUUCAGGUACCAAUUUAGGAAAAUUCCCUUCCAGAGCACUUUUGAGUCCUAGAUGGUCUUAACAUUAUCAUUGCAGGUUAUUCUCCAGGUCUCUGGUGUGUUUAUGUGAAAUUGUGUUUUUUUAUUUUGUUUCAUUGUGCUUUUAAUGUUUUUAUCCACUUUGCAAAUCUACAGGAAACAGUGGAGUGGAAACAUUUGAAUAAACAAAUCUGCAAAAGG